GAAAAAACCUGCUCUUCAGUUUCCUUUUCUUAAUUUAAUUUCUAUUUUCCUAAGUACUUCUACCUCAAGAAAACAUAACUCUUAACCACAGAACUUGCUUUAGGUGUAACUCUCUUGAAGUGGUAGAAACAGAUUAGAUGAGACAGCCCUUGCAAUUGCAACACUGAAUCCACAAACUUUACAAGACUGCCAAUUCAGGGCCCCAUGACAAAUUGGACCUUUGUUGACUAGCCACAGUGGUUUUCGUAGAAAGCAUAAGACCCAUCAUCACCACCGGUCUACUAACUCAAACAGCUCAAGCAGGAUACUAAAAUUUGUUCUCGUUUCUAUUAUUCCCCGGAGUUUCUUUAUCUACUUUCCUCGAAGGAAAAUUUUUUGGUUUCCUUUCUUAUUUGGAUCUCUAGAAGUGCUGGAAAGAGCCUCAGUAGUCCUCACAGCUUGAUUCCAAAGUGAUCAGGGACAUUAAAGCUAAUACAAUGUCUGACCUUGUUGGGCCAAUCCUUGAAGUUAUAAAGUUCAUCGGCAGUCCAGCUAUAAGAUAUCUUAAUUACCACAGAAAAUUCAACAAACAUGUGGAUGAUUUCGAACAAGCUCAAGCAGAAUUGCGAGCUAGUAGGGAAGAUAUUCAACAACAAUUGCAAGACGAGCAUUGUUCUGGUAAAAAGCGAAAGCGGGAAGUUGAAAUUUGGCUUGAGAAAGUAGAGGAGGAGUUAGGUCGUGCUCAACGUGUUGAAGCCAAAGUCAAAAAAGGAAAAUAUCUCUUUCGAUCAUGUUUGGGGAAGCUUGCUGACGAAGCAACUCAAGCAUUAAAGGAUGUGAAAGCUGAAGGUCAUUUUUCUGGGAGCUUGGUGGUUAAUGAUCCCUCUAUCAUAGCUGCUCAACUACCAACACAAGAAUUAGCAGGUGAGACUAAUGUAAAAGAAGAAAUUUAUAACUAUUUGAUGGGUGAUGAAGUUAGAAUGAUUGGAGUGUGUGGGAUGGGAGGGAUAGGUAAAACAACCAUUAUGAAGCAUGUCCAUAACAGGUUGGUGGAAGAAACCAAGUUUAGCAAAUUGAUUUGGGUAACUGUAUCCCAAGACUUCGAUAUUCGAAGGCUGCAAAACAACAUUGCAAGUCAAUUGAAGGACAAGUUGUCAGAUGAGGAAGAUACAAUCACACGUGCAGCAAAGUUAUCCGAAAUGUUGAGGAAACAAGGGAGGUAUGUGCUAAUAAUGGAUGAUGUAUGGAGCAGCCUUUCUCUUGAGAAUAUCGGAAUCCUUGAGCCAACACCAGAUAAUGGAUGCAAAUUAGUGUUAACAACACGUACAGAAGAGGUUGUUCGAUCAAUGGGCUGUAAGAAAGUCCAAGUGCCCUGUCUUUCUACAGAUGAGGCGUGGCGACUAUUUUUAAGCAAAGUUGGACGAGACAUGUUGCCCAGUCCAACUUUAGAAACAAUUAUGAAAGAUAUUGUGGGAGAAUGUGGUGGACUCCCUCUUGCAAUCGUCACAGUAGCUGGUUGUAUGAGGGGAAUAUCCGAUCCUCUUCUCUGGGAAAAUGCUUUGAAUGAGCUGAGAGGUUGCAUCAUCAGCAUCCAGGGUGUGAAAGAAAAAGUGUUUGGAUGUUUAAAAUUCAGCUAUGAUCAUCUAAGACAAAUAGACCGAGAUUGUUUUCUGUGUUGUGCAUUAUAUCCUGAAGAUUAUGAAAUUAAAAAAGAGGAAAUCAUUGAAUACUGGAUGGAAGAAGGACUUAUAGCUGAAAUGGGAACUAGAAAAGCAAUGGAAGGUUGUGGUCUUUCUAUUUUGCAGAAGCUCGCAGAGAAUUGUUUGCUAGAAUGGGUUUGGGAAGGUUCACAUAUAAAGAUGCAUGAUGUUGUUCGAGAUAUGGCAUUGGAUAUCACAAAAAAAGGUUUUUUGGUAAAAGCUGGUAAGCAGUUGGAAGAGCUACCGAAUGAGGAAGAAUGGACAGAAGAUUUGGAGAAGGUUUCUUUAAUGUACACUUGCAUAUCAUCAAUUCCUCCAAAUAUACAAUCCCCAAAAUUUCAAAAGCUCACAACCUUGUUACUCUCAGCAAAUUCAUUGGAAGAAAUUCCAGAAUCUUUCUUUGCCUACAUUCCUAAUCUAAAGAUUCUUGAUCUUUCUAAUAAUCCUCUUGUGAAUUUGCCGAACUCUAUCUCUAAUCUGGAGAAUCUCAAUGCAUUGAUGCUGCAUGGUUGUUGCAGUUUAGAAGUUUUGCCAUCUUUAUCGAAGCUUCUAGCUUUGAAGAAAUUGGACCUUGGAGGAACUUUAAUCAAGGAAAUCCCUCAAGGUUUGGAAAUGUUGGUAAAUCUUAGAUAUCUCAAUCUUCGACAUACUAAGUAUUUGGAAGAGAUCCCCAAUGGAUUAUUGCCGAAAUUGUGUCGUCUUCAGUAUUUGGCAAUAUAUCCAGCAUCAACACCAGCGAAAGAGAUAAGGGAGUUGAACAAGUUGGAAGUUUUUGAAGGUCAGUUUAGUAACUUGGGUGACUGGGACACGUAUGCUCGUCAGAGAAAAAGGCUUCAUAAAUACUACAUUUUGGUGAAUUACUGCCAUUUGGAAGCUUUUGAAGGUUGGUUUAGUAACUUGGGUGACUGGAACACGUAUGCUAGUGAGAGAAAAAAGCUUCAUAUUUACUACUCUUUGGUGAAUUACUGCCAUUUUGAAGCAAGUAAUUAUAGUAAAAUUGUUGCAUUUGGGGGUUGUGAUAUUAAUUCUGGAGAGAGAAUUAUACUUCCAUAUGAUAUUCAGCGAUUAGAAUUUUGGAGGUGCAAAGGUAUGAGAAGUUUAAACGAUAUUUUUGAAUUGAAAAAUGCAACUGAUUUGAAACAAUGUAGAAUUAGGCAAUGUGAGGAGUUGGAGUCCAUUUUUUCAUCGGGGUGUCAACGUCAAACACUUGAGUCUCUAGAUCUAAGUUCUUUAGAGAAUUUGAAGGUUUUAGUCGAAGGGUCAUCAGUAGGCACAUUUUCCUCCCUCAAAAAAAUCCGUCUAUCCAGUUGUGGAAAAAUAAAGAAUUUGUUCUCAGCUAAGUUGGUUCUCCACAACUUGGAAGUUAUCACUGUUGGAUUUUGUGACAAAAUGGAGGAAAUAAUAGUAUCAGAGGAAGAGGGAAUGGGUACCAUCAAAUAUACACUUCCCAAAUUAAGGGAAUUGACAUUGCAGGUCUUACCAGAAUUGAAGAGCAUUUGUAGUAAAAAUGGAGUAAUGGUUUGUGAUUCUCUCGAAAGCAUUGUUAUAUGGGAUUGCCCAAAGCUAAAGCGGAUUCCUCUGUAUCUUCCCCUGCUUGACAACCUUGAUGAGGAAAAACCAUCUCCUCCUCCUCCUCCUCUCAAGGAAAUCAGCGUGCAUCCAAAAGAAUGGUGGGAAUCAUUGGAGUGGGACCAUCCCCAUGCAAAGACUGUUCUUCUGCCCUUCCUCGAGUUCUUGGAUCGCGACAGCUACAAAUGGAAGACGCUAUUUGGUUGAUCAAGCGUUUAAAAAUAAUAAAAUACAAGUAUUACGGGACUUAUGUAAUUUAUCUAUUUUGGUAGAUACAUACAAUACAAUGGGGAAGAAGGUUGCAGGCCCUAUUGCUGAAGUUGAAUCACAAUCCAAACGUCUAUUGCUUUCUGAUUCUCAUGUUCUUUUCUUCAUAAUGUAAUCAUAAACCUUGAUUUAGUUGUUGUUUCUUUUUCCUUUUCUUAACUCUUUCAUUCCAUUUGUGUGUAUAAGGGUUAAUGUGUAUGAUAAAUUUUUAUGUUUAUAUUUGCCUUUGUAUAAAAUUUCCAUGGUUUAAUAAAACGAUGGCUUUGAAAA